AUGGCGGUAGCCGCGAACCCUCCAGCAGGCCGGCGACGUGUCGCUAUCACCGGAGCGGCCGGCUUCCUGGGCCAGCUUGCCCGCCAGAGCUGCGAGGAUCUGGGGCUGGAGGUAAUUGGUUUCGACCUCGUGGAGCCGCGGUGUCAAGGUGGCCCGACGAUCACAGGCACGUCCGUCGCGAGGUCCGCAAAGGUUGACCGGUGCACCGCCGACUUGAGCCUGGAGGGGGCCCUUGAAGGGGCUUUCGACGGUUGCGACACCGUCAUCCACCUGGCCGCUGAUGGCAGGCCUCAUGCAGACUUUCUCUCUGACGUCUUGCCGAGCAACAUCCAGGGGACCUACCGUGUUCUGGAGGAGGCGCAGCGCGCCGGCGUGCGGCGAGUGAUCUUUGCCUCCACGAACCAUACCCAGCACGGGGCCACGAUGCAGCUAGGCAGCCAUGCGGGAAGCAUGGACUGGAGCCGUCUCGGGAGUCUGGGUGGGCCAGCUUCGCUGAAGAUCUCCGAUCCGUUGGGGCGUGCUGGCCCGGACUCCUUCUAUGGGGUCUCGAAGAUUUGCGGUGAGGCAAUGGGCUAUCUCUAUGCACGC